UGAUAUAUAAACUGAUCUCUGCCUCCUCUACAUCACAGACCAGCAACACAGACAGUUUCUGUAGUCGCUGCGUCACCAAGCUUCAGGAACUUCAGAUCCAUUUCUCUGGACCUCUUUCUGGGUUGACCUGGACUUUAAAAACACAGGGAGUUAUGUGGAGGAUUUUCCUGACAGUCAGUCUGCUCUGCUGGAGCGCUGACGGACAAGUGACCUGCAGAGACAACAACAACGGAGAAGUGGAAUGGUACAUCAUCUACAAGGCACCCAAACUGAAUAACAUCGGAACUACGGGUGUGGAAUAUCUUUACAUUGAUUCAGCUGGGAAGAAGGAGACCUCUACAGAUCACAAUAAGCCAAUCAACCAUCCUAACGGUGUCCUGGCAAACACCCUGCGGCCCAUAUUUACCACAUCAAUGCCAGACAACUUUGGAUUCAUCACCUACAGCGAUCAACCUCCAGGAUGUCAUGCUCAAGAAAAGUUUGGCCACAGUAAAGGAGUUGUGAUGAUGGAUAAAACCACCACAGGAGUCUGGCUCUUACACAGCACACCACAGUUCCCUUUUGAAAGAGAUCAGAAUAAGUUCUGGCCUGACAGCGGAGCAAAGAAUGCUCAGACGUUUAUCUGUGUAACAUUCAACUACAACACGUUCCAACAGAUAGGUGAACACCUGCUGGACAUCAAUGCUUUCACAUUUGAUGAUCAUAUUCCAAACAACUUCCAUGAAAACCUUCAGAAACUUAGGAAGACCGAAAAUAACAAAAGGCCCCCAAGAGUAAAUGAAGUCAAAAUCCAGGACCUGACAUCAGCAGGAGGAACAUCGUUUGUUACCAUUGCUAAAAAACAGUAUAAAGCAGGAGGAAAGACGCCACAUGAUGACAAAUUUGUUGGAGAUCUUUACCUCACUAUUGCACACGGAUACAAUACUGAUGUGAAAGUCCAGACCUGGGGCUGCCAGAAAGAUUGCGAUGGUUCCUACUGCGGAGAACGUCAAGUGAUCAAAAUUGAAUCUGUAAAAACUGAUCUGGGUAACAGGCUGGUUAAGAGGGAGGUUGAGUGGAAGACUACAUGUGAUCAUUCCAAGUGGUGUGUAGCUAAAGAUAAUAAUAAUCAUUUGAUCUGUAUUGCUGAUGUAAACAGAGCCCUCAGCCAAUACAAAAGGCCGGGGGGCGGACUGUGCUUUAUACAUCAACAGGCAAGUGAAUUAUUUAAAGGGGUUAUUGAUCAAACUCAGCCUUGCCCAAGUCUAACCACUACCGGUGCCUUUGCCCUUAAGGGUCGCCUCGUCCGUGACACUGACUCUUACUCUGAUUCUGACUGUGAAUCUGACAGUGACACUGACUUUGACUCUGAGCCUUACUGUGACUCUGACUCUGACUCUGACCCUGGAGGAGUCCUGGAUGUGAUGGCAUGGCUCCUACAGAUCCUUGAUCUCUCCACCAUCCAGUCUCUCUGGGAUUACAUAAAGAGAUGGAUAUAGGCUCCAAGGUGUUUGGAACAACCUACCUGAGUCCCUUCAAAAUCUGUGUGCAAGUGUCCCUAGGAGAAUUGAUGCUGUUUAAAAAGCAAAGGAUGGUCACACCAAAUAUUGAUCUGAUUUAGAUUUCUCUUCUGUUCAUUUACUGCAUGUUGUUAAUUAAUGAAAAUAAACUGCAAAGCAGCAUAAAGCAUU